GACCCCCGGCAGCGCCAGCCAUGGCUUUCCUCAAACCCAAGCCGCCUUCCUCUUCCUCUAUUCUCCUGCGCCUCAUCACACCUCUCUCCACCUGCUCUUCUCUCCCCGACUUCGACCGAACCCCAAGUCCCGCCACCACAGCCGCCGCCGCCGCCGCCGCCCCCCUCUCCGCCGCGGAGGCCAACCUCCUCGAGAAGCUCCAUGCCCUUAUCAAAGACCACUACCGGGCCAACCCCAACCCCGAUCCCACCUUUGCCCCUCCCUCGGAGCUCACGAUCCCCUCCCUCUCCUCCUCCUUCUCCCUACUCUCACCCUUCUGUCCCCCCUCCCUCGCCCUCGCCUGCGCCCUUCUCGACCGCCUCUCCUCCCUCCGCCACGGCGUUCCCUUCCGCCAAGCACUCGCCUUCUUCAACUGGUGGCUUUCCUCCAUUCCCCCCUCCCCCUCCCUCUGCCCCGCCUUCGCCGAGCUCAUCGACCUGGCGGGCAAGCUCCACCACUUCGACAUUGCCUGGCACCAGCUCGACAGAAUGCGCUCCCUCGAAAUCCCCAUCCAAAAACAGAUUUUCAUGAGCCUCAUCCGCCGCUACGUCCGCGCCGGCCUCCCCGAGGACGCCGCCCGCGCCUUCAGCCGCAUGCCCGACUAUGGCGUCGACCCCGACCCCCAAACUUUCGCCUCCCUCCUUGCUGUCCUUGCCAAGAAGCGACUUGCAGCUGAGGCCCAGUCCCUCUUCGACUCCUUCAGGCACCGCUUUCCCCCAGACGUCGUCCUCUAUACCGCUCUUGUCCACGCCUGGUGCCGCGCCGGCCGGCUCGACGAGGCCGAGCGCGUCUUCGCCGAGAUGCGGAGCAACGGCAUCACCCCCAAUGUGUACACGUACACUGCCGUGAUUGACGCCAUGUGCCGAGCCGGCCAGUUACCUCGCGCCCACGAGCUCUUCUGCCAGAUGAUUGACGCCGGGUGCUCGCCCAAUGCUGCCACGUUCAACAGCCUGAUGCAGGCCCACGUCAAGGCCGGGCGAAUGGAGCAGGCAUUGCAGGUGCAUAACCAGAUGAAGCAGCUAGCUUGCGAGCCGGAUGUCAUCACCUACAACCUCCUCAUCGAGGCCCACUGCCGCAAGGGCCAGAAGAACCUCCAUGCUGCACUUAAAGUCCUCAACCAGAUGGCUGCCAAGGGGUGCACCCCAAACUGCCACACUUUCAAUGCCAUUUUCCGCUGUGUUCUUAGUCUUGGGAAUAUAAACACCGCACACAAACUCUAUAACAGAAUGAGGGAGCUCGGUUGUCGGCCGAACACUGUCACAUAUAAUCUGCUAAUGCAGCUGUUUAGCAAGGAGAAGUCGAUGGAUAUGAUGCUGAGGAUGAAGCAGGAGAUGGAGGAGGAGGGGAUCGAGCCGAAUGUGAACACGUAUGGGGUGCUUAUUUUGGAAUUCUGUGGGAGAGGGCACUGGAAGCAGGCGUACAAGAUGAUGAGGGAGAUGGUGGAGGAGAAGUGCCUCAAGCCUACAGAGCCUGUAUAUGAGGCGUUGCUGGCGCUACUAAGAAGGGCAGGUCAGCUGAGGAGGCAUGAGGAGCUCAUGGAGAAGAUGGCAGAGAGAGGUUUCAUCUCCAGGCCUUUGUAGGGUCUAAUUUGGUAGUGACUGUUGCUUCUGUUUUCUCCCCAGUUUAAUGUAUGUGUUGCAUCCCUUAGUUACAAAGUCAAACUUAUAGAGAGAAUCAUUCUUUGUGAAUUUAAUGAGCAGCAUUGGUCUUUGGGUUUUAAUGUAUCUAUAUCCCAAUUAAGGUACCA